UGUGUGUGUGUGUGUGUGUGUGUGUGUGUGUGUGUGUGUGUGUGUGUGUGUUUGCUUGCCUCGCUCCUCGCGAUGCAGGCGCGCGAGCUUUUGUCUGCAAAACGCUUUUCUGUCCUAUUUUCCGUGCGCGUGUCGUGGAGCGCGCGGACGCUCCGGUGAUGAUUAUGCAGGUUUUCCGCGAGCGAAUCUGAAUCGAUGCAUCGACGUUUUUUCGCGCCCCCACCCCCCUCUGUAAUCGACGCGCGCGCGUGACAUGCGGCCAGGCUUCGGAGGAUUCAGACGGGGGGCUCUUUCUUACCGCGCGAGCGCAGCAACGAGGGGCGAUACGGUCUGGAGCAGGAGGGGCGUUUGAAAACGCAAGCGCGCGCGAGCACGUAAAUGUUGUCGGCGCGAGCUCCGAACGAUAGAGCGUCUAUCGCCGCCGCCGAGAGGAGCGCGUCUCGUGCUGCUUCGUGGUGCACGAGGCGAGCGAGUGCAUGAAGGAGGGAGCGAGGAGCGUCCAGCCGGAUGUGUUGUGAGUCUCGCGGUGCUGAAAGGACAGCUCCCGGAGCGCGAGAGCCAAAGAGCGUCCGCCAAGAGAGUCCAGCACCGAAGAGCGUAAACAGCGUCCAGCACCUGGUACCUCCGUUAAAGAGCUGGAGCAUUGUGGUGACCACCUUGAAGCACAGUUCCUGGAGAAGGACGUUCUUUCCAACAUCAAGUCGUGUAAAGAACAUCUACAGCCUCUGGAGCAGAAGGACGUGUCCUGGACCAACGACAGUGGAGAACAUUUAGAGCAUCCAGAACCGGAUUUUGACCUCAUUCAGACUGAACAGGCUGAAAGCAGUUCAGAGCCAGAAGAGCUCCACAGGAGCGUGUCCUGGAGCAACAUCCACCUCUGAAGAGAUUAAACGGCAUCCAGUACUAGGUACCUCCCUCAGACUGUACGUUGAAGAGCUGAAGCAUCGUGGUGACCACCUUGAAGGACAGUUCCUGGAGCAACAGAGCAGACAGCACCAAUAUUUUUCUUCACCCAGCUGGAGAAAGACAUUCUAUCCAACAUCUACAACCCCUGGAGCAGAAGAACGUGUCCUGGAGCAAUAAGAGUGGAGACCAUUCAGAGCAUCCAGCACCAGUUACCUCCAUCAGACUGAAGAUUGAAGAGCUGGAGCAUGGAGACUGGUUAACAAUUUUGUGGAGAUACACCAGGAUAUUUCUCCAUCCAGCAGAACAUCCAGCAGCAAGGAGUAUCUUCAUGGUCUAAAAGGUACAGUUGCUGGACCAAAGGAGGAACCAAGAUAUAUAAGAGCAUCCAGCAUCAGCAAGGGAAGACAGUCCAGCACCAGAGUAGAUGAGUGGCGAGACCUCAAAGCCAAGGAGCGUGAAGAACGUCCAGGACCACCAGCAAACAAGCCAACAGCGCUGAGAUUCUGUUGGUGGUGUUGGAGGAGCAGCUCUUUCCUCCAAAAAACCUCAGGUUCCUCAAAGAUCCUCAUCUGCAGAGCUGAGAGAAAAACCUCUGGAGGAAGCUGUAAACAUCGUCCAAGGUGGUUAUCCAUCAUUUGGUUAUAUGUGGUUUUGAAGGGGCAUCUUCUGGAUAAGGUUCUGGAUGAAACUCUGGAUUUGGAAAACUCUUGAGCUUGAAGGUACCAGUGCUGCAAAAAACGUUUAGGAACUAAACACAAAUUUGGCCUUCUCUCUUGGUUUCUGGAAUUUACCACCACCACCAACAACAACAACAACAAUAAUAAUAAUAAUAGUAGUAAUAAUAAUAAUAAUAAUAAUAGUAGCAGCAUCAUAAGUUUAAUUUGUAUGAUACAAGUGUCUCGAACAUGCUCGCUUUGCAGAAGCAUCACACAUAGUUUUGAUAAUUUGAUCGAAAUUCCUUAAAUAAGUCCACAAAUAGAGGAAUUUCACUCAAACACUAAUAAGCUCGAAGUCUUCAGCUUGUAAACCUAAUUUGGAUUUACAGUGAAAAAUGUGUCUGUGAUGAAAGGACAGCACUUUUUACGAAACAUUUGACUGUCAAGGUUUUCAGUUUUGUCCGUGGUGCUGAAGGGACACCUCGCGGUUCUAGAAGGACGCCUUUCCGAGCACCCGAUUGUUCAGAAACCGCAGAAACACCCGCUGCGCUGAAAUAAACGCUGUAAAUGGAAUAAAGCUUGAAGGUUGUUGAGGCCGUCAGCCUGACCGGCUCCACCUGGCUUUCAUGGCUGUGGCACGCAAAAUCAAAACUCUGCUGACGGUCAACAUCCUGGUGUUUGUGGGGAUCAUCCUGUUCUCGGUGUACUGUCGGAUUCAGGACCGCUCCGAGGAGCUGGUGCAGAUCGGCAGGGCAGCGGACCAGAGGCUGAGGAGCAGGAAUGGUAAAGUGACCGGCUUGGACAGACAGUCCAUUCUGCAGAGGCUGGAGCGCCUGGAGGACGUGGUCUACAACCAGCUGAACGGUCUGGCUAAGCCGAUGGGUCUGGUGGAGGGUCCAGGUGGGCUCGGUCAGGGCGGAGCAGCUGCCACUCUUGGGGAGGACAGUCGGGAGGCCGAGGGGAAAUACGAGGAAUAUGGCUAUAACGCCCAGCUCAGUGACCGCAUCUCACUGGACAGGAACAUUCCGGACUACAGGCCCAAAAAAUGUAGGCAGAUGUCCUAUCCUGACGACUUGCCCCAGAUUUCUGUGGUUUUCAUCUUUGUGAACGAAGCCCUGUCCGUCAUCCUGCGCUCCGUCCACAGCGUGGUCAACCACACCCCCGCCCACCUGCUCAAGGAGAUCAUACUGGUGGACGACAACAGCGACAGCGUGGAGCUGAAGUUUAAUCUGGAUCAGUACGUGAACAAGCGCUAUCCCGGCCUGGUGAAGAUCGUAAGGAACUCUAAGCGAGAGGGGCUGAUCCGGGCCAGGAUUCACGGCUGGAAUGCUGCCACGGCGCCAGUGGUGGGCUUCUUCGAUGCCCAUGUGGAGUUCAACACAGCCUGGGCCGAGCCGAUCCUGGCGAGAGUUAAAGAAGAUCAUAUGAGGAUUAUCCUCCCGGCCAUAGAUAACAUCAAAUACAACACCUUCGAGGUGCAGCAGUACGCUAACGCUGCUCACGGCUACAACUGGGGGCUCUGGUGUAUGUACAUCAUCCCCCCUCAGGAUUGGUUGGACAAAGGCGAUGAGACCGCCCCCAUCAGGACUCCUGCCAUGAUCGGCUGCUCGUUUGUGGUGGACCGUGAGUACUUCGGAGAAAUUGGACUUCUCGAUCCGGGCAUGGAGGUUUAUGGAGGGGAAAAUAUUGAACUUGGAAUGAGGGUGUGGCAGUGUGGGGGCAGUAUGGAGGUGCUGCCGUGCGCUCGAGUCGCCCACAUUGAACGCACAAAGAAGCCGUACAACAACGACAUCGACUACUACGCCAAACGCAAUGCGCUGAGGGCCGCAGAGGUGUGGAUGGAUGAGUUCAAAUCACACGUCUACAUGGCCUGGAACAUCCCCAUGAACAAUCCAGGUGUGGACUUUGGGGAUGUAUCUGAGCGGGUUGCUCUCAGGAACAGGCUGAAGUGUAAAAGUUUCCACUGGUACUUGGAGCACGUCUACCCGGAGAUGAGGAUCUACAACGACACCAUCACCUACGGAGAGGUGCGGAACAGCAAAGCCAGUGGAUACUGUCUGGAUCAGGGAUCAGAAGAUGAUAACAGAGCAAUACUGUAUCCCUGCCACGGCAUGUCGUCUCAGUUAGCCAGGUAUUCCACCGAGGGUCUCCUGCAGCUCGGACCCCUGGGGUCCACCACGUUCCUGCCCGAUACGAAAUGCCUGGUGGACGACGGCAGGGGCCGAACUCCCAGCCUGAAGAAGUGCGACGCCGUGUCGCGGUCGUCCCAGAGGCUUUGGGAUUUCACUCAGAACGGCCCCAUCAUAAGCCGAGACACGGGUCGCUGUCUGGAGGUGGAGAUGUCCAAAGACGCGAAUUUCGGGCUGCGGCUGGUGGUUCAGCGCUGCUCUGGGCAGAAGUGGAUGAUUCGGAACUGGAUCAAACACCCCAAACACUGAGGGACAGAGACGGGACCAGCGCUGGGGGAAGACCGAGAGCAGCUUUGUGUGUGAGCAGGACUGACGGUCAGCGCUGCUCUGGAGGGAGCGGGCAGGACUCUGAGGUCGGCGGGGUCAUCCGGAGAGAGGAGCGUCCACUCCGCAGAGCAGGGAAAUCUGCCCCGUCAGGAACAUUCAACCUUUCCAAAGUGCUCAGCAGAUCCAGCGACUCCACAGACUCAGUGGAACGCCCCAGAGUUAAGAGCCAGACUGCUGUUAGAACCUUCUACACCCGAAAAGACAUACAUGUUAACUUCCGCUGUAAAAGAGCGAAGAGUGAGAGACCAGCGCUGAAACGCGUGACACGCUGAGUUUACUGGGUUCAUCAUUUCCACAUCAGUAGAACAGUUUUCACCAAAACAGCUACAGGACGAUAAACUGCUGUGACGUCGGGCAGCAAAAAACAGGCAGUGUGGUUAGAAACAUGUACCUAAUCUGUAAUAUUGAUCUUGUCCUGUAAUCAAUCUUAAAAUCAGUAAACAUUUCAUUGGUUUA